AUGGCCAACAGAUACGACGGAAUCGGUACUGGCUGUGAGAAUCGAUACACUGAUACAGCGCCGUUAUCGGCUUCAGAUGGCUGUCCUUUGCUGAUCGCACUCAUCAGGCAUGUCAACUCUUUCGGUACUUUCACCUCAAAAUUCGUCUAUUAA